AUGUCUGAUUUGACCUAUGUCAAACAAGCUGUGGGUGCUUGGAAGCCGUGCAGACAGCUGGGGGUUGUGGUGGCUCACCUGAUCAUUAACAAGCACAAACCGUGGAUCGAGACGACUUACCAUGGCAUAGUUACUGAAAACGACAACACAGUCCUGUUGGACCCUCCGUUAAUAGCGCUGGACAAGGAUGCGCCGCUCCGUUUCGCAGAGAGUUUUGAGGUGACAGUCACCAAAGAAGGUGAGAUUUGCGGAUUUAAAAUCCACGGGCAGAAUGUCCCCUUUGAAGCCGUGGUGGUGGAUAAGUCCACCGGCGAGGGCAUGAUCCAAUCCAAAGAAAAACUCGACUGCGAGCUCCAGAAGGAUUACACGUUUACCAUCCAAGCGUAUGACUGUGGGAAGGGACCAGAUGGCGCCAAUGCGAAAAAAUCCCACAAAGCGACCGUGCAUAUCCAGGUGAACGACGUCAACGAGUAUGCACCCGUGUUUAAAGAGAAGUCUUACAAGGCGACGGUGAUCGAAGGGAAGAAGUAUGACAGCAUCCUGAGGGUGGAAGCCGUGGACGCCGACUGCUCCCCCCAGUUCAGCCAGAUCUGCAGCUACGAAAUCGUGACUCCCGACGUUCCCUUUGCAAUUGACAAAGAUGGUUACAUUAAGAACACUGAGAAGCUCAAUUACGGCAAGGAACACCAGUACAAGCUCACCGUGACGGCCUACGACUGCGGGAAGAAGCGAGCGGCGGAGGACGUGCUGGUGAAGGUCAGCAUUAAGCCGACCUGCAAGCCAGGCUGGCAAGGCUGGAGCAAGCGAAUGGAAUACGAACCCGGGACGGGCUCCCUGGCCCUCUUCCCCAACAUCCAUCUGGAGACCUGCGACGAGCCCGUCACCUCGGUGCAAGCCACGAUCGAGCUGGAGACGAACCACAUCGGGAAAGGCUGCGACCGAGACACUUACUCUGAGAAAUCCCUUCACCGGCUGUGCGGUGCUUCCUCUGGCACAGCUGAGCUGCUCCCCCCUCCGAGUAACACUGCCAACUGGACGGCAGGCCUUCCCACGGACAAUGGCCACGACAGCGACCAAGUCUUCGAGUUCAACGGCACCCAAGCCGUGAAGGUUCCAGACAGCAUUGUCACAGUCAACAUGAAAGAGCCCUUUGUCAUCUCCGUGUGGAUGAGACACGGACCUGGGUCUAGGGAAAAGGAGACCAUCCUCUGUAAUUCAGACAAGACAGACAUGAACCGGCACCACUACUCUCUGUACGUGCACAAUUGCCGGCUCGUCUUCCUCUUCCGCCAAGAUCCUUCUGAGGGGCAGAGCUACAAACCGGCCGAAUUCCACUGGAAACUGAACCAGGUGUGCGACAAGGAAUGGCAUCAUUACGUCCUCAACGUAGAACUGCCAACGGUGACGCUCUAUGCCGAUGGUGUCUCCUUCGAUCCGUUCCCGGUGACGGAGGAUUACCCACUUCACUCCUCCAGAAUAGAGUCUCAGUUGGUGGUUGGAGCCUGCUGGCAAGAAUAUACAGAAAAUGAGAAUGACACCGAGAAAGCGACUGAGAGCCCCGCAGGUGGAGAGCACCGCAUGGCCCAGUUCUUCCGAGGCAACCUGGCCGGCUUGAUGAUCCGCUCUGGGAAACUGGAGAACAAGAAAGUGAUCGACUGCCUCUACACCUGCAAAGAGGGGCUGGAGCUGCAGAUGGCCGAGGGGGCGAGCAAAAGCCUGAAGAUCCAGAUGAACCCCGGCCAGUCGGUCUUGACCUUGGAAGGAGACGACAUCGACCAGUUCGACAAGGCCAUGCAGCACAUCUCCUACCUGAACUCUCGCCAGUUCCCGACGCCCGGGAUCCGGAGGAUCAAGAUCACCAGCGCGGUCAAGUGCUCCAGCGAAGAGGCCUGCAUGGCCAUCCCGUUCGUCGACGGCUACGUCAUGGUCCUGCAGCCCGAGGAGCCCAAGAUCAGCUUGAGCGGCAUCAACCACUUCGCCCGUUCCGCUUCGGAGUUCGAGAGCCCCGAGGGGGUCUCCCUCUUCCCCGAGCUCCGCAUCAUCAGCACCAUCACGCGGGAGGUGGAGCCGGAGGGAGACGGCGACGAAGAUCCCACAGUUCAAGAGUCUCUGGUGUCCGAAGAGAUCAUGCACAACUUGGACACCUGCGAAGUGACCGUGGUGGGGGAGGAGCUCAACCAGGAGCAGGAGAGCCUGGAGGUGGAUCUGGUGCGGCUGCAGCAGAAGGGGAUGGAGAUGAGCAGCUCCAACCUUGGCGUGAUCAUUACGGGGGUCGACACCAUGGCCAGCUACGAAGAGGUUCUGCACCUCAUCCGUUACCGCAACUGGCACAUCGCCGCUCUCUUUGACCGGAAGUUCAGAUUGGUCUGUUCGGAGCUCAACGGCCGCUACGUCAGCAACGAGUUCAAAGUGGAGGUCCACGUCAUCCACACGGCCAACCCCGUGGACCACGCCAGCCACAUCGCCGCCCAGCCACAGUUUGUCCAACCCGUCCACCAUUCUUUUGUCGACCUCUCUGGUCACAACCUGGCCAACCCACACCCUGGGUUUUCAGGCUUCUCUUUCUCUCCCCCCCCCCCCCGGGGGGAAAGUACGGCCACCGUGGUGAUCGUGGUCUGUGUCAGCUUCCUGGUGUUCAUGAUCAUUCUGGGCGUGUUCCGCAUCCGAGCCGCCCACCAGCGAACGAUGCGGGACCAGGAUUCGGGGAAGGAGAACGAGAUGGACUGGGACGAUUCCGCCUUGACCAUCACCGUCAACCCGAUGGAGACGUACGAGGACCAGCACAGCAGCGAGGAGGAGGAGGAGGAGGAGGAGGAGGAGGAGAGCGAAGAGGGCGAGGAGGAGGACGACAUCACCAGCGCGGAGUCCGAGAGCAGCGAGGAAGAGGAGGGGGAGCACGAGGAGGGCCAGCAGAACGUCAGCCGGCAGCAGCAGCUCGAGUGGGACGACUCCACGCUCACCUAUUGAUCCCGGCCCUCCCUCCCCCCCUCCCUCCCCGCGGCCACCCCCUCCUCUCUUUCUCUCUCCCUCUCCGUCUCUCUCUCGUUCUCUUCCAGAAGACUCCACGGCAACCUGCUCCAUCGCUCCCGAGGAUCCGAGGCGCGAGCCAGUCGCUCGGGCCCGUAGAGCCGACCGGCGUGGCCCCGACCCCGCCACCUUGUGUGUGUGUGUCUCCAGAAACCUAGCUCACUGCUCCUCCGUCUUCUCCACCCCACAGCGACUGGAUUCCCUUUCUUUUUUCCUGCUUUGGUUUUUUUUAUCCGGCAAGGGGUCGCCUUGUGCGUGCACUCCCUCUCUCCCUCCUCGCCCCAUCUCACUUUAAGAGACUCGAGAGCUCUGUGACACACAGCGGGGCAAGACUGUCCGGCUUUUUAACUUCUGGUUUUUGGGGGGUCCGGGUACUUGGGGAGGCAGCUACACCUCCGGGGUCUGCUCCUUCCCUCACGCUUUCCUGGCGAAACAAGAUUCCGAGACUGUCCGUCGAUGAAAAGUAAUUGCGGAGGGGGGGGUGGCGUUGUUGUUUUCUUUUCUUUUCCUUUCCUUCCUUUUUUUCUUUUUUCCUUUUUUGCGGCUCGCUCCAUCCCUCUGGACCUGAAAGUCUCUUCCCACCUUCUAGUGCAUGUGUAAAGUGGCAGGAUGAGGUUAAUGCGUAGGAGAUCUAACAAGACUUUUUAAUAUUUUGUAAAUAUAUCGGGAUCAUGUAAUUAAUGUCCUUCGUGGUAGUGAAAACCGGGGAGGGAGGGAACAAAACCAUGCUACGGUUUAAAAACAAAAACAAAAAAAAGAGAAAUUUUUUAAAACUCAUACAGCAUGAUCUAGAAGUGAUUUUCCACGGGACGAGGUCGACUUAGCGUAGAAGGAGCAAUUGAUGGCGCAGUGGCUGCCAGACCCCCACUACCAUCUUCACUCUGGUCCAGCUCUGUCAUUGGACACUCCCCCCUAAAUUUUUACUCCAGAGGCAAACGUGUCAGUUAGACUGCAGAGGUUGCUCCUCCCCCCCACACACACACGAGUUUCUCUUGGGGAGGGGGGACCAACCACCCUACCUGUUGCCAUUUCGUCCGCGGGUUCUUAGUGCGUUUGGCUCGCGGGGAGAGGAAACGAGGCGGCUGGCACACACCCGGCAGCAGGUAUGUUCUUUUUGCACAAGUGGAGAAAGCCAGGUGGGGACUUGGGGGCUUUCUGAUUUCUCGGUAGCAGCUGCUAAGGAGGCGACUCAGUUUGACUAUAAGGGCGAUGGUGACGCAGGACCCGGAAGACGCUGCAGGGGGCGUCUUUUGCCGUGGCUGCUCACCGAGACAGGCGAACCUGUACUUUGCAGGCUGGGAAGCAGGCCCGGCAGGCUUGGGCCUAGUUCCUGGCAUCAUUCCCACUUGAAACACUCCGCGUCAUUCCCCGUAGCUCUUUGUACAGUGACUUGGGAUUAUGGGAGUCCCAAGCAGUUCUUUCUUUUUUUCUUUUUGUCCUUUUUUUUGUUCUGAUCUGUUUACACACUGGCCACAGCUCCUUCCUGGGGAAAUCAGGGCAUGGGCCCUCCGAGACGACCUGGCUUAAUCCACUUACCGAGGUUCCGGGGCUGCAUGGUUUGGGGUGGGGCGGCCCCAGAUGAGACCUCACCUGUUUUCAGAAAGAUCAGAGAGUCUGAAAGUGUGAGAAGCAAGUCACGACCCCAUUGGCGGGCGGGAGGGAGCACUGGGCUUUUCGGGAGGUGAGUCGUGUUCUCCGCGUUCACUCUUCCGGGAGAGGGCCUCAGACUUUUUUAGCUUUCUGUUCGGUUAUGAUUAUUUGGGGGGAAGGGUGGACGGUCUUCGGCUAUAUAGAGGUGGUGGUGGGAAGUGGCCUCGGUCACAGCUGACUUACAGCGACCCCGUAAGGGUUUUCCAGAGCGAGACACGUUCAGAGGUGGUUUGCC